CUGGGCUUCAAACUCAUGACCUCUCAGUCAGUAGUGAUUUAUAGCAGCUGGUUACUAGCCAGCUGCGCCACAGCCCGGCCCCAUAGUUUCAACAAGAGACUGUCCAGAUGCAACAUAAAAACUAACCCAGGUUUAAUUGCCAGCAUGGUGCAGCAAAUGUUUGGCCUCCACCUCUCCCUUUGUGGCCUCUUGGUUGUGACUUUCUUCCCACAAGGAAGUCAAGGAAUAAAGUGUGAGAAUGGCUGGUUCCCCUAUGAGCGCAGUUGCUACGGGUAUUUCCAAGAUAAAGUAACUUGGAAUGAGGCAGAGCUGGAAUGCCUGUCUCAAGGUGCAGAAAGCCAUCUUGCAUCCAUCCUCAAUGAGAAAGAGAUGAAUGCGGUUUCCAAUUCACUUCAACAUCUCUUUAAAAUAGAAACUCCUAUCUGGAUUGGAUUGUACGACAAAGGGGGAACACAUAGACGGUGGCGGUGGAUAGACCUGUCUGCAGUUAACUACGCCCCUUGGGGGAAAAAUGAACCCAACAAUAAGAAUGGAAAAGAGGACUGUGCAGCCAUGAGGCCAACAAAUCUUACUCAAUGGAAUGAUGAGAACUGUAACAUGAGGUACAACUAUCUUUGUAAAAUUACCAAGUCAUAAACAUACUCAUCGCCUGAGAGAAUGU